CUCUUUCUCGUUCACCAAAGAUUUAAAAUCCCGCCCCCAUAAAUUUCAAAAAAAAAAAGACUAAAACAAAGCUCAAAUCCAAAAAUCACAUCUCUCAUUUUCAAUCUCCAGUCUCCUCUCUUCACACCUACUUUGACCUCGCAUCUUCAACGCAUACCUCAGAGUAGGUGAAAAAUGGCUGGUAAAGGAGGGAAAGGGCUUUUGGCAGCUAAAACCACUGCAGCAAACAAGGAUAAGGAAAAAGAUAAGGACAAGAAAAGGCCUAUUUCCCGGUCUUCUCGUGCCGGUAUCCAGUUUCCUGUUGGUCGGAUUCAUCGGCAUCUGAAGCAAAGGACUUCUGCAAAUGGGCGCGUUGGGGCCACAGCUGCUGUGUACUUGGCUUCAAUUCUUGAAUAUCUGACUGCAGAAGUUCUUGAGCUGGCCGGAAACGCAAGCAAAGAUCUGAAGGUGAAGAGAAUCACCCCAAGGCAUCUGCAGCUGGCCAUUAGAGGAGAUGAAGAACUCGACACACUCAUCAAAGGAACCAUUGCUGGUGGUGGAGUCAUCCCUCACAUUCACAAGUCUCUUAUCAACAAGACAACUAAAGACUGAUCUAAUGUCGUUUUUAACUCAACUCAACUGAACAUUUGUGUUUAAUGUGACUCAUGAUUAGGGUAAUGUAGGUUUGAUUGGUAUUAUGUUUGUGUUUGUUUAUGAACUGUUGGUUAGUAUAUAUAAUCUCUUGGCACGUAGGACGGUUUUCUAGAACCUUUAUCUUUGUUGGAUUGUUAAUCUAAAUUUCUUAGCUUUCAUGAUUCA